CAAAAUGUAGUUCAAUUGUAAGAUUUGUUCCUGAUCUUCAGUUCUUCCAUCCAGUUGAGGAACAGAAGACAGCAUGUUAUCUGACUGCACAAAAAGGGAAACGAUAAUGACGGCAGGUAGGGGAAAGAAUUGACAUGCUUAUCAGAGCUGAUUCUCCUCUGCCUCCCCUGUUGCCAUGGUGACAAGAGACGCUGUUGUUUGCCUGGGAGCUGUUGCCGAACCCUUGAACAGCAUAAUGGCCAGCAGAAAAAGGGAAAUAGCCUUGCAGAUGGUUGUCAAUAAUCAAGAACAUUGGGAAGAAUUUCUGGGGUCCAAAGGAUUGAUUGUAGUAGAUGCUUAUCAAGGCUGGUGUGGACCAUGUAAAACAGUUGUUAAUCUCUUCAAGAAAAUAAGAAAUGAAGUUGGCAGUGACCUGCUGCAUUUUGCUGUGGCUGAGGUUGAUUCAAUUGAUGCUCUAGAGAAAUAUCGUGGAAAAUGUGAACCGACGUUUCUGUUUUAUGGUGGGGGAGAAUUGGUAGCUGUUGUAAGAGGAGCAAAUGCACCAUUGUUACAGAAAACCAUUCUGGAGCAGCUACAAGCAGAAAAGAGAGUCUUGGAUCAUGGAGCAGAGCGAGUUGUGGCUAGAUUCAUGAUGAAGCCCUCCCUAAACAAGAAGAAAGUGCUACUGUUGGAGAAGGGAUGGAAGAAGACAGUGAGAACGAAGAAGCAGACAACCUGGAUCAGAGAUUUUCAGCAGAAGUGAAGUGAUGGUGCAGUUUUGCAGAUCUAAUAGUAUCCAGUAAUGAUUCAAAUUUACUUUGUAGAACAAAAUCUAACAAGCUAAUCUCCUAGCAGCUUGGCUUUAUCAGUGGAACUAAAUUUCAAACUAAUUUUCUAGCAUUCUUCUCACAUAAUCUAAAUCUAGAAUAUUGGUCAAAAUAUAAAUUUACAAUAUUUAACUAUCAUAAUAAUUGUGAAGUCCUUGGUGCUCUCUGUACUUGGUUGUUUGCUUGCAGACAUUACCCAAUUAAGUAACAUCAUCAGUACUAGUAAGUAUGGAUUUGCUCCCAGUUUAUAUACAAUAGCUUGCCCUGCCAAUGUUGGUAGUGGGUACUUUGAUGGUUUCUUGAUUAGGAUAUUGUUUUUCAACCCAAAGUUGGUCAAUCAAGGCUGUCACAGUCAUGUCCCAGUACCUGGAGGCAGUGUGGGUCUGGAGGGGGAUAAAAACAACUUCAACUCAAUCCCACCAGACUUUAUGGCUGCAAGUAUUGAAGCCACCUAAUUCCAGGAUAUUCCAUCUUCGAUCAUUCAAAGGUGAUCCAUCACCUGGGGGCGUCCAUGAGCCCUUGUUCAGUGAGAAGUUGGCAGCUGUGAAAAAAAAGGCCUUUGUACUGCUUCAUCUUGUGUGCCAGUUAUACUUUUUCUGGAUCAAGAGGCCCAAUCAGAUAAUCAAUCAUGCCCUAAUCACUUCAUGGCUCAACUACUAUAAUGUGUUCUACAUGGGGCUGCCCUUGAAGACUACUCAGAAGCUUCAAUAAUGGUCCAGAAUGAUCUCCUGUACGCAGUGAUGGGAAUGCCUUGGUUUGCUCUCUAGUUGCCUGUUUACUUUCACUGCAAUUCAAGAUGCUGGUUAUGAUUUAUAUAGCCUUACAUGAAAUGGGUCCUGGUUACCACUUCCAUGGUAUCUAGCUAGCUAAAUUGACCUGACAGGGUCAGCAUGCUUCAGGUUUCUUUGAAGAAACAAUGCAAUAUAUCAGGAUCCAGGAAAUAUACAGUACCUUCUCUGUCUCACUUCUGCGCCUUUCACUCUGCUGGCAUUCCAGAAGACCAUAAACUUUGUUGUUUUCCUAGGCUAUGGAGUAGUGUGGUUAGGGCUUGCUCCACUGGAUAUUAGAUAUUGGUGGAAAGUUUUGGAGUGACUGCCAGGUUUGCCAUCUUCUUCUUUUUUAAAAAUAUAGAAUAGUUUGGUUUUGUUGUACAGGUAGUCCUUAACUUACAACCACAAUUGAUCUCAAAAUUUCUGUUGCUAAGCAAAGCAGUUGUUAAAUGAGUUUUGCUCCAUUUUAUGACCUUUUUGCCACAGUUGUUAAGAGAAUCACUGCUGGCAUUCCAGAAGACCAUUGACUUUGUUUCUCGGAAAUUGGCGGGAAGCAGUGGUAGGAUUCAAAUAAUUUAACAACCGGUUCUCUGCCCUAAUUACCAGCUGGGUGGGUGUGGCCAUGGUGGGCAUGGCCAGAGGGUAUGACAGGCAGCACUUGGCCUUCUGCAUCCCCCUGGGAGCAAAAACAGGCCCCGGGGGGGGAACAUACUGGAAACCAAAAUGGGUGUGUGGGGACUCCUGGAAGGGGCGGGGAGGAGGAAGGGUGGGGCCAGCCAUCAAUUUAACAACUGGUUUGCCCGAAUCAUCCUGAACCGGCUGAAUCCCACCACUGGCAGAAAGGUUAAAAAAUGGUGAUCCCAUGACCCUGAAACAGGGCAACUAUCAUAAAUAUAUGCCAGUUGCCAAGAGCCCAAAUUUUGAUCACAUGACCAGGGGGAUGCUGCAACAGUCAUAAGCGUGAAAACCAGUCAUGUCACUUUUUUCAGUGCUCUUGUAACCUCAAUGGCCACUAAACAAAUGGUUUUUAAUCAAGCAUUACCUGUAUGUGAUUUCUUAUUAUAUUGUUAUAUAAUACAAUAACUAAACAAUAAACAAGUGCAUAUAAUUUA